AUGUGCACGGCGCAUAUGGCUGAAUGCCCAGUUUGCGGGAAAGAAUACCUCGUCUUUGUUGCUCUUUGUCCGGAUUCCCGGCCGCCUUCAAGCGACUGCCCUCAGGGGGUAACGAUCAUAUACGAUGAAAUGCGUGAAGGCGGAUGCCCGAGUCCCGUCUGUCCAAACAGCCUAAGAGGCGGCUGUCAAGUAAUGUAA